GCAGGAAAAGUUUCACUCAGAGAUAGACCCUUAUCUCUCAUCAGAGAAUCCACACGGGAGAGUGACCCUACAAAUGCUGCAAGUGUGGGCUAAGCUUCACUCAGAGAUCAGCCCUUAUCUCUCAUCAGACAAUGCACACGCGAGAGCGACCCUACGAAUGCUGAGAGUGUGGGAAAAGCUUCUUUCGGAGCUCAAACCUUACUAUGCAUCAGAGGAUCCACACAGGAGAGAGACCCUAUGAAUGCAGUGAGUGCGGGAAACGUUUCACUCACUUCUCCUCCCUUAUCUCUCAUCAGACAACGCACGCAGGAGAGCGACCCUAUGAAUGUUGUGAGUGUGGGAAAAGCUUCUCUCGGAGCUCAAACCUUACUAUGCAUCAGAGGAUCCACACAGGAGAGAGACCCUAUGAAUGCAGUGAGUGCGGGAAACGUUUCACUCACUUCUCCUCCCUUAUCUCUCACCAGAGAGUCCACACGGGAGAGAGACCCUAUGAAUGCAGUGAGUGCGGGAAAAGCUUCUCUCGGAGCUCAACCCUUAUUACACAUUACAGAAUCCACACCGGGCAGAAACCCUAUGAAUGCUGCGAGUGUGGGAAAAGCUUCACUCAUAGUUCAGGCCUUUCUGAACAUCAGAGAAACCGUAAAGGAGAUAAACUUCAUAAAAACCUUCUCUAGAGCUGUCAGAAGAUUUUUUUCUUUAAUUCUUUUGACAGUUCCCAGAUAGUGAUUGUUAAGGCUGUUUGCAUCUUUUGCCCACUGUAGUCCCUCAGCUCCCACACAUGAGUUGCGCACUUUUGAAGCUCGCCCGUCUUUGGGGUGGAUCCUGUGGUCCUUUCUAUCAACUCCAUUGUCCUGUGAGUCAUGGGAGUGGGUGUCCUUUCUAUCAGGAAUGUCAUCACCCCAGAUGGGGGAGAUGGGGAGUGUCUUCAACCAGCUACGUUGAGAUAAAAUCUACCUGGGUCUCAUCACUGUGGUUGCCAUGGAGUUAGCUAGCUUGAGUUCACUUUCCUGAUGUAAAAAGACAGCUAUUCUUGCAGUAAAGACAUGGGCCAUGGAUAGUG